CAGCCAUUUUACAUCAUCAAGAGUGAAUGACUGAAGCCGGACCAGUGCCGGGAGUUUUACACUUUUCUCUCUUUUUCAGUAUCACAUUUAUCUUCCUAAAUAAUCAGCACCAUACACGUUGGUGUGCCAGCGGCAGAUUUCUGGAGACAUGGCCACAGAACAUAUUAAUGGAAAUGGUCCAGAAGAACCAAUGGACACCUCUGCAGUUACCCAUUCUGAGCACUUCCAGACUUUAUUAGAAGCUGGUUUACCACAGAAAGUUGCUGAAAAACUAGAUGAAAUUUACCUAGCAGGUUUGGUGUCACACAGUGAUUUAGAUGAUCGAGCGAUUGAGGCUCUGAAAGAAUUCAACGAGGAAGGUGCUCUCCAAGUCCUUUUGCAAUUCAAGGACAGCGACCUCUCACAUGUUCAGAACAAAAGUGCCUUUCUUUGUGGCGUGAUGAAGACGUACAGACAGAGAGAGAAACAAGGGACCAAAGUGUCAGACACCAACAAAGGACCAGAUGAAGCCAAAAUCAAAGCUUUGCUGGAGAGGACUGGCUACACACUUGAUGUGACAACAGGACAGAGGAAGUACGGUGGUCCCCCACCAGAGUCUGCCCAUUCAGGGGCACAACCCACCAUUGGUACAGAGAUUUUUGUAGGAAAAAUCCCCAGAGAUCUUUUUGAGGAUGAACUGGUUCCACUGUUUGAGAAAGCUGGGCCCAUAUGGGACUUGCGCCUGAUGAUGGAUCCCCUAAGUGGCCUGAACAGAGGCUAUGCCUUUGUCACUUUCUGCACUAAAGAAGCUGCACAGCAGGCUGUCAAAUUGUGCAACAACAAUGAAAUUCGACCAGGAAAACACAUUGGAGUGUGCAUCUCUGUGGCCAAUAAUAGACUGUUUGUUGGCUCCAUCCCCAAGAGUAAAACGAAAGAGCAGAUUGUUGAAGAAUUUGCGAAAGUAACAGAGGGUCUAAAUGAUGUCAUAUUGUACCACCAGCCAGAUGACAAGAAAAAGAAUCGAGGUUUUUGCUUCCUUGAGUAUGAAGAUCACAAGACGGCAGCUCAGGCCCGGCGCCGACUAAUGAGUGGCAAGGUCAAAGUUUGGGGAAAUUUGGUCACAGUGGAGUGGGCUGAUCCCAUUGAGGACCCAGACCCAGAGGUCAUGGCCAAGGUCAAGGUGCUGUUUGUGAGAAACUUGGCGAGCACUGUUACAGAGGAGAUACUUGAAAAGACCUUUAGCCAACACGGCAAGCUGGAGCGAGUGAAGAAGUUGAAAGACUACGCCUUCAUACACUUUGAGGAACGAGAAAGUGCUGUGAAGGCUUUGACUGAUCUUAAUGGCAAAGACCUCGAAGGAGAGCACAUUGAAAUUGUCUUUGCCAAGCCACCUGACCAGAAGAGGAAAGAGCGUAAAGCCCAGAGACAAGCCGCUAAAACACAAAUGUAUGAUGAUUACUAUUAUUACGGUCCCCCCCACAUGCCACCACCAACAAGAGGCAGAGGACGAGGCGGUAGAGGAGGUUAUUCUUAUCCGCCUGAUUAUUAUGGAUAUGAAGACUAUUACGAUUACUAUGGAUAUAAUUACCACAACUACCGGGGCGGCUACGAUGACCCGUACUAUGGCUAUGAGGACUUCCAAGCAUCUGGGAGAGGAAGAGGAGCAAGAGGAGUCCGUGGUGGUGCCAAUCAGACCAGGGGCCGUGGUGCUAUCACCCCAAGGGGUCGAGUGGGCUUCUCUCAACGAGGAGGCCUUGGAACAAUCAGAGCAGGGAAACGGGGCCGAGGGCGGUCCUGACCUGUCACAGUGGAUACUGACUUGAUAUGUGGGGUUACACCGUAAGCUGCAAUGGAUGUCGAAACAACAAGCAUGAGAAAAAGGUCCAAUGAUAUUCCAGCCUUACAGAAGAAGCAUCUCCCCUCCUCUAUAUUUUAACUCACUUUAGCCCUUUUCAGACAUGGGUUAAUGCAUAACUAUAAUCUCUUUAGUAGUGUCAUUCUGCCAAUCAGACAUGGGUCACUUUUACAUUAAUAUUCAUCAUGGCAUCAUUCAGAUAUGCCUACGAUAAUGCAUGCAAAAGAAUUGUUACUUUAUGGCAACAAAUUCUGUCAGCAUCAACUCAAAAUGUAACCACGUUUUUGAACGCUUGCGCUCUCUGCGCUGUUAAGGUUUUCCAUGCAGAGUAGGAGAUGCAUCUCUUAUGGAUCGUGAAGAAAUGUCUUAAUAUUUGGAAACCAAACAGAGAUAAGAGGGCAUAGGGCAAGUUUUGCUCUUGAACACUUUCUUUUGUGAGCCGAGCAGUUUAGAGCAGGGGUGCCCAAUCCCGGUCCUCGAGAGCUACCG